AUGGUAUUUGUCGAGGAGAUCAACCGUAAAACCUACAAUGAGGAUGUAUACUACACAAGCAUUAACUCUCUAAAACCUAUGGCCAGAAAUAGGAUAACGAAAACGACGACUGCAGCUGGUAUCCGUAACAAUAAAAGAGUAAACUAUUCUUUGGCUGAUUUAGAAGCCAAGAUAUACACACCACAGGCUGAUAAAAACGAGAGUAAUUCGUCCUCAAAGUUGAUAGCUACAGCAAAUGGUGCUCUCGAGAGAUAUUCGCAACAAGAGUUAUUAAAGUCCAAGAGAAGGUACAUGGAGUUAGAUACGGAAAACUCUCAAGAUACCAAAGAUGUGCCCUAUCUGAUGAGUGGCGUAACUGGCAUUAACAGGGAUAGGAUAGACCUUACGAGCUCUUCUGCAUCUGUAAGCGGAUCCAGCGCGUCCAACAUCAAUCGGUCCAACAGAAAUAAACUUGAGCUUCCGAAGAACAUUGAGAUGAUGUAUCGGUCUACUAAACCGCCAGCAACAAAGAAGAAAAAUACAAAUAGAAUAGUUGCGCUCAAGAAAAUUCUCUCUUCUCGCCGGACACUCUCAAGUUACUUAGAUACAAUUGAUCAAAUUAAUCGAAGCAUCAUCUACAGCAAUGUUUACAACAAGAAGUUUUUCAAAGUGCUUCCUGUAAUUACUGUCUGCUCCAUCUGUGGCGGUUACAAGAGCAUUUCUAGUUGCGUAAAAUGUGGCAACAAGAUAUGCAGCCUCCGUUGUUUUAACCUGCAUAAUGAUACCAGAUGCACCAUGUAG